AUGCUUGCCAAAAGACAAAGUACGAGAGACAAUUCGAUCGAGUCUCGCAGGCGGAGCUCGAUCAAGGAAAGCGAUUUCUUUUCGCUGAAUCUUCGUAUCCUGGCGAUCAGAAAGUUGCAAGAGAAGGACGAUCUGUACACGGCGGACGCGUCUAUGGUGUGGCAGAGACUAUCGGCGGGCUAUCGGAUCGUUGACCUUCGGUUAAACAGAUUCAUGCAAACGCUCCACUUUGUACUAAGCUAUUUCUGUCGAACGGAACCGCUGUUUAAGGCCGUCGGUUUGUCCGACGACGCCGUCUCCAUGAAAAUGUUCAUGAACGGGGUGUUCAAGCAAAUGGAAAGUAUGAUUAGCUUCUGUGCAGUUAAAGAGGGAACCAACGAUCUCGUAGGUGUACUUGUCGCCUCGAUGUUUGAAAAAUCUCAAUGGUACAUUAAGAAGGAACUAUACAGCAUCGUGAAACACGUCUUACUAGGAGAGACGUUGCGUCAGGUAAUGACGUUGAAAGGCUACGUCACUGCCAAGGCUCGGACGCACGAAUUAAUGAACGUGGGCGGACUCGUAUGGAUCGACAUCCUCUGUGUAAAACCCGAGCAUCGGAAUAAUGGCAUCGGCACCGCGUUGGUACGUUCUUGCAUGGCUCGAGCGAGUUACUUCGCGACCGCUUGCGCCGGACAAUUCACCUCCGGAGCUGCCCAAACCAUCGGUACGUUUCGUUUCGUCUGCCGUUUCGCGACGACGACCAAACGGUUCGCGUCGUCUUUCGAAUAAUGCGUCAACGCGAUCCGAUACUUUCAGCCACGAGGUUAAAUUUCCAAACGCUCUAUGAAAUACCGUACGAACAUUUACACAAGGAGAAGAGCAAAUUCAAAGUUUUCGGAUACUGUCAUCCGGAAAAUUAUUCUAUAGCUUGUAUGGCCGUUCGAGUGUCACGACCAAAGUUGCAAUUACCAAUGGCGCCUAGUCCCACGUCCGAGGAGAAACGAGCAAACGAUCGAGCCAAGGCCAACAAGAAGCGAAAGAAAACGAAAAAGAAAGAGUAGGACAUAUACCGCUACACGUCCAGUGUAUUUUUCCUUCCAACGAUCCACGUUUCGAACGUUAACUCUCGCCGUUUACUUUUCUCGUUGCUUUACUUCGCUGAAAAUCUUCCUACUCGAACGCGAUUAUACUUAUCUUCUAAAAUGGAAAACGCUGGUCCGCGGAUAGAACGUCGACGGACGAAACGUCGUAGCGGAGAUGCAACAUACUUGCAGAGCUACGUAUUAAAAAAAUGUAUAGCGAUAGCAAUCCAAAAUCUUUUUACGACAAUGUACGUAUACUUUUUUGUUCAA